GUGGCAAUCACCCGCUGAUUCUUCUCAACAAACCACAAAGACAUUGGCACCCUUUACCUUGUAUUCGGUGCCUGAGCCGGCAUAGUAGGCACUGCCCUAAGCCUGCUUAUCCGGGCAGAACUUAGCCAGCCAGGUGCUCUUCUCGGAGACGAUCAGAUUUACAAUGUCAUCGUUACGGCCCACGCCUUCGUUAUAAUCUUCUUUAUAGUAAUACCAAUCAUGAUCGGUGGCUUCGGAAACUGGCUAAUCCCCCUUAUGAUCGGUGCCCCAGACAUAGCCUUCCCCCGAAUGAAUAACAUGAGUUUCUGACUCCUACCUCCUUCCUUCCUGCUUCUCCUUGCCUCCUCUGGUGUGGAAGCGGGAGCUGGGACCGGUUGGACAGUCUACCCUCCGCUAGCUGGAAACUUAGCUCACGCAGGCGCGUCUGUAGAUCUCACAAUCUUUUCCCUUCAUCUAGCCGGGAUCUCUUCCAUCCUAGGAGCCAUCAACUUUAUUACAACUAUUAUUAACAUGAAACCUCCAGCUAUUACUCAAUACCAAACACCUCUAUUCGUGUGGGCCGUCCUAAUUACAGCAGUUUUACUUCUUCUCUCCCUUCCUGUGCUCGCCGCCGGCAUUACAAUACUUUUAACAGACCGAAAUCUAAACACCACUUUCUUCGACCCAGCAGGGGGAGGAGACCCAAUCCUCUACCAACACUUAUUUUGAUUCUUCGGCCACCCUGAAGUCUACAUCCUCAUCCUCCCAGGCUUCGGAAUAAUCUCCCAUAUUGUCGCAUACUAUGCAGGCAAAAAAGAACCUUUCGGUUACAUAGGCAUGGUCUGAGCUAUAAUGGCCAUCGGACUCCUUGGCUUCAUUGUAUGGGCACACCACAUAUUCACAGUAGGCAUGGACGUUGACACUCGUGCCUAUUUUACAUCUGCUACAAUGAUUAUCGCCAUUCCAACGGGGGUAAAAGUCUUUAGCUGAUUAGCCACCCUCCACGGAGGCUCAAUCAAAUGGGAAACCCCUCUUCUUUGAGCCCUCGGGUUUAUCUUCUUAUUUACAGUAGGAGGCCUGACGGGCAUUGUCUUAGCCAACUCGUCAUUAGACAUUGUUCUUCACGACACCUAUUAUGUCGUGGCUCACUUCCACUACGUUCUUUCAAUAGGGGCAGUAUUUGCUAUCGUGGCAGGAUUCGUUCACUGAUUCCCCUUGUUCACAGGCUAUACUCUCCACUCCACCUGAACUAAAAUCCACUUCGGCGUUAUAUUCCUUGGUGUAAACCUCACGUUCUUCCCACAGCAUUUCCUUGGCCUAGCGGGAAUACCUCGACGGUAUUCAGACUACCCAGAUGCCUACACACUGUGAAAUACAGUCUCCUCAAUUGGCUCUCUUAUUUCACUAAUUGCAGUAAUUAUCUUCCUAUUUAUCAUCUGAGAGGCAUUCGCCGCAAAACGUGAAGUUAUAUCUGUAGACCUAACCAUUACAAACGUUGAAUGACUUCACGGAUGCCCCCCACCAUACCACACAUUCGAGGAACCUGCCUUCGUCCAAGUCCAGCAAGUCAAACGAGAAAGG